CCCUGGGACUGUCCCACACACGGCUAGAGUGGCAUUUAUCUAUUUCUGCAAGAGAGAGAGAGAGAAAAUGAAGAAACCAGCAAAGAAGGAAUACAUGGAAUGAAGGCAGCAGGACUAUAUACCCCCAUGCAACAAAGGCAGCAAAUGGAACAAAAAAGGCGAGAAAAAUCACACCGCUAUUUUCAGCAACUGCAUUAUUGCUCUUGCUGAAAGCACAACGUUGGGGGAAAGGAAGUGAGAGAAAGAGAGAAAGAGAGCGAGAGAGAGAGACACAGAGGGAGCGCCCGCCUGCACAGGAGCUGAAUCCGUGCGCGCUUUAUUCUCCACAAGGUACUUUCUUAUUUGCAGUUUAAAAACUGCUUUGUUUAGAAAGAAAAGAAAAGAAAAACAACCAAAAAAGAAAAAGAACAAAACGUGGGUUGAUGUGCACGAGUCGCCCUCUUGGAUCCAGCAUGGAGAGGAUGCUGCGCUCAGGAGAAGCAGGUGUACUGAGCCAAGUGGAGGCGCAGGACGAAGAGCGAGGAGCGACGCACCACCACCGCUGAUCCACAGCACCUGCUCCAGAAAGGAAAACCCCCUCAUUAUUAGAGAUGCUUCUCCUUAACGCACCUUUUUUUCUUCUUCUUAUCCCUCUUCUUCCAGAAAUAAGUGGAUUUUUCUGCACAACUUCUAUCUGACCAGAAGAAUGAGGGCGCCGUGACACUGAUGAAUGCGCAGCUAAUUUGGGAAAUACUGUGGUGGCAAACGCACCUCAGGGACUAAUCUGCUGGCUCGUCACACGGCUGCUUGACUGAGAUCAAUCUCGCUGCUUAUCAAGGACGUUGUUAUCUGCAAGGAUGUCCGGGGCGCUUCUCUCAGCGGAGACCCUCUACAUUGGGAUGGAGGUGCUGAUUGCUGUGGCGUCAGUAAUCGGGAAUGUGAUGGUGGUUUGGGCGGUGAAAAUUAAUAAAUCCUUGCGAGACACCACGUUUUGUUUCAUUGUCUCCCUGGCUCUGGCGGAUAUUGCGGUGGGAGCCCUCGUCAUCCCUUUGGCCAUCACUAUCAGCAUCGGACUUCAAACUCACUUUUACAGCUGCCUGCUCGUGGCGUGCACGGUGCUGGUGCUGACGCAAAGUUCAAUCCUGGCCCUCCUGGCUAUUGCAAUAGACCGCUAUCUCAGGGUCAAGAUCCCAACCAGGUACAAGCGGGUGGUGACCACUCGGCGAGCGGGGCUGGCGGUGGUGGUAUGCUGGACGGUGGCGUUCAUCGUGGGUCUGACUCCCAUGCUGGGCUGGAACAACCUGAAGCGCCUCCAGCAGAACGGCUCCAUCAGCUCCGACCUCGUCAUCACCUGCCAGUUCGAAAACGUCAUCAGCAUGGACUACAUGGUCUAUUUCAACUUCUUCGGCUGGGUGCUGCCGCCGCUGCUGCUCAUGCUGGUCAUCUACGCGGAGAUUUUCUACAUGAUCCACAAGCAGCUCAACAGUAAGAAAUUCUCCACCAGCCACACGGACCCCAACAAGUACUACGACAAGGAGCUGAAUCUUGCCAAAUCUCUGGCUCUGGUGCUUUUUCUCUUCGCCAUCAGCUGGCUGCCACUCCACAUCAUCAACUGCAUCACGUUAUUCUGCCCUGACUGCAAGAAGCCCAUAGUUCUCCUCUACAUCGCCAUCCUGCUUACUCACGGCAACUCCGCUGUCAACCCAAUUGUCUACGCUUUUCGCAUUAAGAAGUUCCGCUCGGCCUUCCAGAAAAUCUGGCAGCAGUACUUCUGCUGCAAGGACACACCAGCUCUGGAGAUUCAGCCCAGCGACAGGAAAGAGAUGCCCAAUCUAGAGUCACAGCAGGCGACAGCAACACAGCCCCCUCAGGAAGAAGUCUCUAAAUCUGAUCUACUACAGCAGCAGCAGCAGCAGCAUCCACCAGACCAAGAGCAGGAUGAGAAGACCGAACCACCUCAGCAGCCUAAAGAACAUCUGCCCAUAUUAGAGCAGAACACAGUCUAAGCGAAGGAACAGAGCUGAUUCCUGGAGAAGUAAUGAUCGGAGCACAAGUGUUGGCUCUCUCCUCAAUGAAUGCAGCCUAAUGAGGAGCAUGAAUUGCUGCACAGGGCUACAAUGCUUCACUGAUUGAGGUGACUCGGAUCACUAAAAGAUCAUUCCUCUUUGCUCAGGAGGGUUGUAUUUACUGAAAGUUGGUCAGAGCGGGAAAAAAAGAGAGGCUCAAAGGGUUCCUUUAAACUUGCAAUAAUGGAAGUCAUUCUAACAGUGGCUGUGUGUUUGUCUUAGUGACAGACUGAAAACAUUAAGCUUUCACUGUCUCUUCAUUAUGGUGAAACAGUUGCUGUGAACGUUACAAAAUGUGCAAUCUAAGUUAUUGUGGUUGGUUAGUAUCCGAUUAUCAAAUGUUAGACCUUGCUUAUACGUUUACCAGAGCAGGUUAAUCUUACUACUGUGUAUGUAGAAACUGACAGUGGCUAAAAGAAUAUGAAUGUAAUGAUGUAAAUACGAGACUGUAGCAUCGCAGCUGUGAAUGCUCAUCUCUUCUUCAGGGUCUUAAUUGCACAACAACGAAGUGGCACUAUGGGAAAGGAUUUUUUGCAGCCCGGAGGUCCGUGUGUGUGCUGAGCGUUGUGUAACCUGUGAACUCAUCUCGGCUGGAGCUGAGUCCUGUGACCCAGCAGCACCGGUCCAUUGCAGACGAGAUGGACACCGACAGAGAACAAGCAGAUGGAGGGAACAGGAGAUUGUAACCUUUUAGGAGCUGCGUGCAGAAGGCUUGUAACCGCAGGACGACAGAUAGUCAUGGGGGAGAAAAACACUCACUGCACUUAAAGCCCAUCCUUAUCCAGCCUCCAUGUGAGCUGCUGCUGCUGAAAGCCAGGCUUAUUCCUUUUUAUUUUCCCCAUGUGGAGAGAUAAUAACGUUGUGACAACUCACCACCAGAGACGGCGGCUUCCUCGGCCUUAUUCACUCCUUUACUGAGAAUGAACUGAACUCUGUAAGUGACCCAGAAGUGACAACAUGAAGAUUGUGAGUGUUUGCUACUCUGUAUGCUCAACAUUUUUGCAUAAUUGCCAAACUUUGGCGUCUGUAGAUUAGUAAUUAAACUAUGUUCCACGCCACUGACUUCAAGACACUGUAUGGGAAUGUACUGUAAUUUUCUUUUUUGUCUCUUGUAAAGACUGGCCAAGACACAUCAAUGCUGUUCUCCUACACUGUUGACAAUCUCUCAUAUAGGAUUACAUAAUUUUCUAUUACUGUCAUAACAAACAUCUCAGUAACAGACAGUGAAUAUUCUGAUUCAUUAAUGGCUGAAAACACAGCUUAAAGCAAUCCACCCCACCUGUAUCUACAAUCUUAUAUAGGCUGGGCGGACUGUAAAUAAAUACAUUUAAGAGAAAAGUGGAUGAAUAAUUAUAUGAAUAAUAUGCUUUCUAUUAAUAAUCCUAUAUGCAAAGGUUUACAGUUUUGAUUCCAAUUGAAAAAUGAAAUAUUCAGAUGUGUCAUUAUUAUUUUAUGUCAUUUAACAGGUUUAUAAAUGACUCUUGGCACAAAUUUUACAACACAAUCAAACCGUCUGUUGUGAAAGUUAAGACAGAAAAUAUGAUUUGAAGGAAACCCGGUGUGUUUUUUUGCUAAUCCAACAAGGAAAAAAUGUGAAAUGAGACACUUUGCAAGUCACAAAAUGUUGACGCUGCACACGUCUUGCCAUUUUUAAAAACAUUUUACUGAUUCAUUUAUAAGUUUAGGCAAAGGUUGUUGUCUUGGUUGACUUUAAGCAGGAGACACAACUUGCUUGUGAACAUUUAACCCAAAUUACAACCCUUACAAAACCAUUUUCAGAGCACUUUUGUAGGCUGAACUAAACUACAGAGUCUGGGUGCAACCUCCAAGUCUGUGGUGUCAUAGUGUGUGCUUUGUAUGACAACAUUCACCAUCUCUAUGUGACAAUAUGUUCCAUAAAGGUUCUUCUUCUUUUA